UCAAUCCACAUCCACAUACUUUGUAUUUCUAUCGUAUCGUCCUGUGCACCCUUCUUAUCAUUACUUUACAACUCAAAAUGGAGGGCCAAACCGGGUUUCAACCAGAUAAAACUGGUGAAUCGUUUUCGCAGGGAGGCUUCCAACAGGAAGGCUUCCAGCAAGGAGGUUUCCAGCAAGGAGGCUUUCAGCAGAGCGGACUCCAACCCGAUUCCAAUAAGGGUUUCCAGCCACAGGGCCGUCAAGAAGUGCGAGUCGACGCUGCAGAUCUUGAGGCUCUUCGAAAGUCGAUUGAGGGUGCAAAGGAAAAGCUUCAAGAGGCCGAAAGCCUUUGCAGACUUCUGUUGCAUCUGGAGGUUGCUGAGGAGCCAAUCGGGGGUAUUGCCCUCUCCGGCAGUAAGGUAGGUCAACCCAGCACGGAGCUUGCCACUGCUUUUGACGCUAGUAUUGCUAUCGUGGAGGAGAUCAAGAAGGAGGUCGCCAACCAGCAGAAGCUUAGCUCGGCAAAGACGGAUCCAGCUUCUAUCAAGAGGUGGCAAGAUGCCAUUACCAAGGCGAAGCUCACUGUCACCAAACUUGAGGCUACAGCGAAGUCGUUUCCUGGCUCCUCCUCUAACGCACCCAAGAUGAAUAACAUCUCUGUGGAUAAGAAGGACAACAGUGCCGUCACUGCCGCCCUGAGCACUGCUACUGAGAAGCUUGCCCUCAACCAAAAGGCCCUUGAGACCGCCCAGGCCAACUACACCAAGGCUGUCGAAGCUGCCGCGGAGGUUCAGAAGAGGUUGACUGGUAUUCAGACUAAGCUCAAGGGCAUCGAGAUUGCUGGCGCAGCCCUUGAGCGUGUCAAGGAGAUCUUGAUUGAAUGCAUCGCGAUUCUUGUCGAGCUCAAAGUUCAGAUCAGCAAGCUGACUACCUUCUUUAAUGCUCUUUCUACCAUGGUCAAGGUCAUCAUUGAGACCAAGGUAAAGAACUUCGACACUGAUGCCACUGCCAUUGGUCAGGAGGCUUCUCAGAGGGGUUUGCUGAAGCUAAAUGAUCUCGAUAUUGAGACCAUCUACAUCUCAACCCUGCAGAUCAAAGCGUAUUUUGAUCUUCUCCAGAUGAUAUGCCAGAUGUAUACCACUGUGCACGCCCAAUACGUCAACCCGGGCCUCGAUCUUCUCACGGAACUAAGCAAAGUGACAAAGACUGCUGAAGAGAUCGCUCCCAAGCGCGAUCAGCUCAACAGCUUCACAGAUGCUGCGCAUAAGGCUAUAAAUGAGCUUGUUGCCCAGAAGCAGCAGGAAAUCUCGGACGGGCUUCAGAGCCGCAUCGACGCUAUUGCGGAGCAAACAGACAUGCUGCACAAGGUCGGCGUUCCCAUGCCUGCGGCUGGCAUCAUCCAGGCUAUGAGGACUGGCGGUGAAGUAAUCCAGGAUGCAGUGAAGGGUAACCUGCCCACCGGUAUGCGUGUAGAGCAGAAUGCAGACGCUUUGCAUCCGACUUCUAAGUGGAGUAUCCGAGUUACUAGAUAG